CACAAGCGAGUACCGCUAAAAAAAGCUCCGUGAAAGUUCAAAAGCUCCGCAUACUUGACAAAUCAAUAGGAUAAAAAAUUUUGUGCCAGUCUUACUCAACGCGUACACAACAGGACAUCGGUGCAACAUCGUAGGGUCGUAUACUUUCAGUUAUUAAGUUAAUUUUCUAAAAAGGAUACCUCUUAGAAAGAGGUGGCCAAGGAACACACUCACCCCCGUCAAAGGACAGGUAAAGGCAGCUUCAACGGAAACGAAAGAAAUCGAAAUAAAUUAUCCGCUAAUAUCGAUGCAUAUGUAUGUGUAUUUUUAUGGUCAAUUCCCCAUACGUAAAACGGACGCCCCCGCAACGUAUUCGUGCGCCACUACGCACGUCCAGAGAACGGAAGAAACCUUUGCAAAAUGCGAGGACUCGUCGAAGAUACGAAGAAGACAAGGCUGUCGACUGCGAAUAACAACAAUAUUAGCAGCAGCAGCAGCACCAGUGGUGGCAGCAGUCGCCUCAAGUCGGGCAGCACUGUAACUGGUGGCAGUGCCAGCAGCUCGAAGCCAUUAAGGAGUGCAGCGAAAGCGCCAACACUGAAGACCACGACGUCAUCGUUGGCAGGAACGGGAGCUGCUGCCGCCAAGAAGGAGCCUCAGGCGUUGCAACAACAAGUUGGCAAGUCUGCAAAGUCCUCGUCAUCGGCAACAGCAACAACAACAACAACAACCAGGGCGGUAGCGACCAAGUCGCAAAAGGGUCAGAAUCCACCCCCACAACAAGUGCAACCUCAAAACGCAAAGCAGCAACAGCAACCGUCACAGUCGCAGCAGCAACCCCAGCAACUGCAACAACCACAACAACAGCAGCAACAUCAGACAAACAAUAGCAACACUAUUGCCCUGCCGAAAGCCUCGCAUGCCAAUACCAGCGAGGAACUGGCUGGCGGAGUCCAAGACACCAUUUACCUUUGCAAUUUCCGGGUAUCCGUCGACGGCGAGUGGCUAUGCCUCAAGGAGCUGCAGGACAUUGAUGUUGCCGGUGGAACUGGCGGUCAGCAGGCGGGCCAACACACCACAGACGCCCCGGGUAACACCGGCAGUGGACCCGGUAACUUCAGCACCGGCAGUUCCAACUCCAGCAAGCGAAACAGCAAACGGUUCUCGGGCCUGUCCACCGGGAGCAACGGUGGCGGCGCCUUGGACAUCACGGACAAUGGUAUUAUGGCAAUUGAAAACCUUAUCGGCCGUCGACUGUGCGACAUGGUCCACAGCGGCACCUCGGCACUCGCCUCCCAGUCGCAGCACCAGAGUGUCGGCCUCUUCGCCGAGUGGUCGCAUCUCUCUCGGGACACGGCGGAAAUAGAGCGCAGCAACCUGGUCAACAUCUGCAAGCUGGUGGUCAAGGAGCUGUUGGAACAGUCGCUGCGAUACGGUCGCAUGCUGGACUCCGACCACCUGCCGUUGCAGCACUUCUUCAUCGUCAUUGAGCACGUCCUGGGCCAUGGCCUGCGUCCGAAGAAGGGCCUCCUCGGCCCGCGAAAGGAGCUGUGGGAUUUGCUGCAGAGCGUCGAACACUAUUGUCCGGAGGCGCAGGACAUCACGGCCAGCGUCAGGGAUCUACCCACCGUACGCACCCACAUAGGCAGAGCUCGGGCUUGGUUGAGGAUCGCCUUGAUGCAGAAGAAGCUAUCGGACUACCUGCAGGCUCUAAUCGAGCACCGGGAGGAUUCCCUGUACGAGUACUACGAGCCACAUGCGCUCAUGAUGAGCGACGAGAUCGUUGUGAUAAUGGGCAUCCUGGUGGGCUUGAAUGUGAUCGAUUGCAAUCUCUGCGUGAAGGAGGAGGAUCUGGACUCGCAGCAGGGCGUUAUUGACUUCUCGCUGUACCUGCGCUCUAGCUCCAGGAACGCGGAUGCGGCGCCGGAGGACAGUGCCCCGCCUGCCCUACUGGACGCCACUGGGCAGGGCAACAUGAUUGCCGUUCUGGACCAGAAAAACUACAUCGAGGAGCUCAACAGGCACCUCAACGCCACGGUGGGCAACCUUCAGGCCAAAGUGGAAUCUCUGACCACCACAAAUGCUCUGAUGAAAGAGGAUUUGGCCAUAGCUCGGAAUAGUCUGCUGGCUCUUCAGGCCGAGAACCAGGCCAUGCGUCAGUCCUCUCAGGGAGGUGACAACGUCUCCACUGGGUCGGGUGGCUCCUCGGACAAAGAAAAGCUGAAGGAGAAGGAAAAGGCUGUCGAGGAGCUGGUCGUGGAGCGACGCAAAAACAGCGAACUGGAAAAGGAACUGAAGCUGCAGGUGUCCCUCAAGGCGGAGUCGGACAUGGCCAUGAAGUUGCUGGAGAAGGACAUACACGAGAAGCAGGACACGAUAGUUUCCCUGCGCCGCCAACUGGACGACAUCAAGCAGAUUAAUCUCGAAAUGUAUCGCAAGCUCCAGGACUGCAAGGCAUCGUUGACGCACAAAACCGAGCUGAUGGACAAACUGGAGCUCCAGAAGGAGGAAAUGAGCAAUAUUAUUGCCCAGCUGGAGCAGAAAUGGAACCACGACAAGAGCAACCUGGGUGAGAUCCUAAAGAACACGUCACAAACCCUAACCACACAGGUGACUGCCAGCGAGGAGCGAGCGGCGCGGGCAGAGGCCGAAAACCGAAUCGAGCGGGAAUGGCGCAUAUCCUUGCAGGAAAAGGAGUUGAAGCUUAAAGAGAAAAUAGCUUCCCUGCAGAGCUGUCUCAAGGAGCUGGCCGAGGAGAAGGAGCGAAAUAACAAACUGAAGGCUGAUCUGGAAAAGGCUCGAACUCAGUGGUCCGAGGCACAAACCACUCUGGAGGAGCUGGGCAUUCAGCUUAGUGUGAGCAGGCUGAAGGUAUCGGAGAUGCAGGAUCAGGAGCGCCUUCGCGGCCAGCUACUCUCAGGCUCGGCCCAGUCUCUGCAGGCCACGGUUGAGGGCGUGGACACUCCAAGCAUCUGGACACCGGACAACAUUGCCACUCACUGCACAGCCUGCGAGCGGGAGUUCAAUCUGACGCGACGCAAGCAUCACUGCCGGAGCUGCGGGGAGAUCUUCUGCAAGGCCUGCUCGGACCACACCCUUCCAAUGCUCAAUGCCCAGGGCCAGAAGGGCAAGACGGUGCGGGUGUGUAACGCCUGCUACGCCAAACGAUAAUAAUGGACAUGUGUGUGUUGAACACCCAUGUGUCCGAAUGGAUGUCAUAGAAGCGGAAUAUAGUCCUCCGGCAAUACUAUGCAAUACUGCUAUUCUUAUAUCCCGAAAUUAAUGUUGA